AUGCCGUCCGCAUACAAAGGCAAAGGCAAAGGCCGCGAUGCGCGCCAGUCGCGUAGCCGCAAUACCACCCCGUCCAGUGCUAGUGCUCCCGCUAUCGCAUCACUGCCCAUCCAAAGCUACUUGGAGAACGAUGUCACCAAGCACAUUGACUUGGCUAGUGUGCAGUACUCCGAAGUGUUGGACCUGGUAUCCGCGCAGAACAUCCCAGAUUCAAAAACAUUGGAGACAUUGGUGGAACAUCUGAAGGGUCUUAGUGACAUGGCCGAUAUGAGGGGCGAGGUUUGCAAUGCUGGAAUGCGCGAGAUGUCUCAAAAGCGCAAGGAAGUGGAAGAUCAGGAGCUUGAUCGUGAAGUUCGAGAUCGUUCCAAAUUGAAACGUGAAACCGAAGAAGACGACGAUAUUCAUAAGGGCGGCAAGCUGAAGAAGCGGAAAGAGCGCAGCGGAAAGGAGGAGCGCCCAUUAAAUCAUGGCGCACAUGAGAUAGCACGCCAGGAUGGAGCUGAGACUAAGGUUGAGGGAGCGGCUUCUCCGGCAUCGAAAAACUCCAAGAAUGCGAUAUCGGAUGAAAGCUCCUCGCUUUCACCCCCGUCAAUGAUGUCCCCCAACGGCACGACCACUGCUGGCGACGGGCCUGCCCCCGGGACCCCCGGGUCUGAUACCAGUGCCGACUCCCACCAACCUGAACCCCAACCUGCGAUUCCUCAAGUGCAAGUCUUUGGCGAUAACCCACUGAAGUUUGACGACCCGACCAUUUACAACAUUCGGGAGGUUCUCCCAGGCAUGACGGACGACGAGAAGAAAGAGAUUUACAGCGUUGCCCACUUCCCCAAGACCGAUCUUGCCCACAUGGCAGCUGGCGUGGCUCCUGACAAGGACUUCAGCAACGCCAAACCCUCCAACCAAGUCAGCGCGAAUACUUUCCAGACCUACAUUGAACCUUACGUCCGGCCUCUUACCGAGGAGGACAUUGCCUGGCUAAAAGAAAGGGGUGAUCGUACUACCCCAUUCAUCAUGCCCCGUCGCGGAAAGAAAAGCUAUCGUCAAAUUUGGGCGGAGGAGGAUGGAGUGUCCUACGACUCGAGUCAAGAUGACAAGGACCAGCUGCCUUUGAAUCAAGGACGUGGCAGCAUUGAACAGCUCACCGACGAUAAAGCCGAGACUAACGAAGUCUCUGUUGGGCCUCUCCUCAGCCGACUGUGCUCUCUCCUCCGUUACGAGCACCGUACAUUGCCCGAAGAUUCCAACCCAACCGCAAAUGGGGAUACUGCUAGUGUGAGUGGACUGGGUGGAGACGCAAUGGACAUUGAUCAAUCCACCGCCGAGAAGGAGAACAAGAGCGAAACCAAGCCUCUCCCUGCUGCAACCACCUUCCGCGACGCAGAUCCCAACGACUUCAAAACUUCGGUCGCAAAACUGGAUCAUGCUCAACUUGAUGAACGCGCCAAAGCUGAACUACGAUUCAUCGGUUUCCUCGGUGCAGAUGAUAAUCCAGACUACGACGCUCACUACGAUGAUGAAGUUGCUGAGCGACUCCGCCUACUCCAAAGCGAGCUCAAGAAGCAGAUAGUCACCAACAAUGCGCGCAAAGCUCGCAUUCUGAAGAUUGCCCAGGAGCACAUGGCCAUGCUUGAGUUCACUACCAUCCAAGACGACCUCGACUCUCAGGUCCAACAGGCCUAUCUCAAACGCACCCGCACUAUGGGCAAGAGCAAGAAGGGCGCUCAGCCCAAGCACCGGCCUGGCGGCGCAGGUGGCGGCAGCCAAGUCGCUGGUUCUGCGGGCGUUUCCCGUCCCGCUGUCGGCGACGCUGCAAAGAUUGUCAUGGACCGUCGUCGUCGCUGGAACGAGGCAUUCCUACCUAUCUUUGACGACAUCAAGACUACCAUUCCCUCUGAGGGAGAGACGAUCUUCGACCCAGAAGUUAUGGCUGAAUACGAAAAAGCCGAGCUUGAAAAUUGGGACGAGGAAUAA